UCCCUUUAGCGGAAUCACUGAUCUGGUUAAUAACGUUCUCCAGCCCCAAACAAAGUCCCCAAACCAACCGCAAACAGAGCCUCCAAAGGAGCCGGAGACGAAAUUGCACCAGCAAUUUGAAAUGUAUAAGGAUCAGGUAAAGAAGAUGGGGGAUGAGGCACAGACCACCCCGGAGCAGAAGACUGACGCCCCCAUCUGCGGAAUCUGCCAUAAAACCAAGUUUGCCGACGGCUGUGGCCACCUCUGUUCUUAUUGCCAAACCAAGUUCUGUGCUCGCUGUGGAGGAAGAGUUUCACUACGCUCCAACAAGGAGGAUAAAGUGGUUAUGUGGGUAUGCAACCUGUGCCGAAAACAACAAGAAAUCCUCACCAAGUCAGGGGCCUGGUUCUACAGCGGCCCAGGGGACGCCCUGCCCCCGGGUGCGAGUGACCCUCGGCGCCGCCACGAAGAGGCUCCGCAGGAGAAGAAGGCCAAACUGCAGGAAGCCCCGCUGCUGUACCAGGGGCCUCCAGGGGACCGCAGCCGUGCUCCAGGACUCUUGCGCCAGGCGUCCCUCAACAACGACUCUGGUCUGAAGCCCAACGACCCUCUGAGCAACAGGAAAAGAAGCCCAUCAGCAACCAGAGAUCCAAACCAAAAAUACGACCAAAGGGAGGAAAAGGCGGAGCGUUCGCAGUAUGCCCCAGGGGAGGGCGGCAUGCCACGAUCACCGUCUGACUACGGGGCCGGAGACCGCCAGUGGCGGGGAGGCUACGGUCGCUCCUACGAGGACGCAGAGGUAGCGCGAGGGGCGUACCGUGCUCGACGGGGCGGCUGGCACUCUCAGGAAGAGUACCCUCCCGAACCCGGCUUCCUGCCCGACGGCCCGCCCCUCAGCGAGCACGAGCUCCAGCGCCAGCGGCAGGAGGAGUACCAGAACCGCUACCGCAGCGACCCCAAUCUGGCCCGAUACCCAGUCAAACCACAACCUUACGAGGAGCAGAUGCGCAUGCAUGCCGAGGUCUCGCGCUUCAGACACGAACGCCGCCACAGCGACGUCUCCCUGGCGUACACUGAGAUGGAGGAGCCCCUCGGGCCCCUGCGAGGUCCCCACUACUCACCGGGUCCCGGACAAACCCACUGGAGGUCCAACCACAGUCCCCCCAAUGUGGACUCCCUUCACAGGCAGCAGCUGCUGGAUCCCGCCUCGGCCGUGCGGAAGAGUAAACGAGAGAAGAUGGACAGCAUGCUGCGGAAUGACUCGCUCAGUUCCGACCAAUCAGAGUCCGUCAGGCCGCCGCCGCCCAAACCUCACAAGACCAAGAGGGGCGGAAAAAUGAGGCAGGUGUCGCUGAGCAGCUCCGAGGAGGAAUUGGCCACAACACCCGAGUACACCAGCUGUGAGGACGUGGAGAUCGAGAGUGAGUCUGUGAGCGAGAAAGGGGACAGUCAAAGGGGAAAAAGACAAACUUUUGAGCAGUCACACACCUUAUCUGAGGGCCAAAAGAAAAUGGUGCGCUUUGGGGGCCACUCUUUGGAAGAAGAUGCUGAGUGGUGUGAACCCCAGGUUAAAGACUCGGGGGUUGAUACGUGCAGUAGCACUACUCUAAACGAGGAACAUAGCCAUAGUGAGAAGCACCCGGUCACAUGGCAGCCCUCCAAAGACGGAGAUCGACUCAUCGGCAGGAUCCUGCUCAACAAGCGCAUGAAGGACGGCAGCGUCCCUCGCGACUCCGGAGCUCUUCUGGGACUGAAAGUGGUUGGGGGAAAGAUGACAGAGUCUGGGCGACUUUGUGCGUUCAUCACCAAAGUAAGGAAAGGGAGUUUAGCGGAUACAGUUGGGCACCUCAGACCAGGUGAUCAGGUCCUAGAGUGGAACGGCCGACUUUUACAAGGAGCCACAUUUAAAGAAGUUUACAAUAUCAUUUUAGAAUCAAAGCCAGAGCCUCAGGUGGAACUAGUGGUCUCUCGACCCAUUGGAGAUAUCCCCAGGAUACCAGAAAGCACACACGCACAACUGGAGUCCAGUUCAAGUUCAUUUGAGUCACAGAAGAUGGAGCGUCCCUCCAUAUCAGUCACGUCUCCCAUGAGCCCCGGAAUGCUACGGGACGCCCCUCAGUACUUAUCGGGACAGCUUACAAGCCAAAGCCUUAGUAGAAGAAUUGAGCCUUUUAGCCCUAAAGUUCAGGUCAAACUUUGGUAUGACAAAGUCGGCCAUCAGCUUAUCGUCACCAUACUGGGCGCUAAGGACCUGCCUUCAAGGGAGGACGGCCGACCACUCAAUCCUUAUGUGAAGAUCUACUUCCUCCCUGACAGAAGUUUGAAUAAUUGUUUCUCCAGUGACAAAAGCAAAAGAAGAACAAAAACGGUAAAGAAAUCACUAGAGCCCAAAUGGAACCAGACCUUUAUGUACUCUCCCGUCCACCGGCGGGAGUUCAGGGAACGCAUGCUGGAGAUCACGCUGUGGGACCAGGCCCGGGUGAGAGAGGAGGAGAGUGAGUUCUUGGGAGAGAUCCUCAUAGAGCUGGAAACAGCAUUGCUGGACGAUGAGCCGCACUGGUAUAAGCUGCAAACGCAUGACGUCUCAUCGGUACCCCUGCCCAAGAGCUCCCCCUGCCUUCAGAGACGAGCACUGCACGGAGACAGUCCCACACGCAGACUGCAGACCAAAGGCCCGUAUGUGUACAGCACAGGGUCUCAGAGGAUCAGUGACAGUGAGUUCUCAGACUAUGACGGUGAAGAUGGUGUUGGCGUUGUGUCAGACUAUAGGAACGGCAGGGACCUCCAGAGCUCCACCCUCUCUGUGCCUGAGCAGGUCUUAUCGUCCAAUCAUUGCUCUCGGUCAGCCGACAUCAACCGGGCGAGGUCACGGUCUCCCAGCAUGCCCCCUUCUCAGAGUCAUUUUCUCACCUUACCUCGAACCCGACACAGUCAGCCUCAUGACAGUCAGCUGAAGGAACUCAGGAAUUACGGAGCGCCAGACAGGCACGAGUAUCACCACAGGUCCCGUUCUGCAGACCAGCGGUCCGCAAUGGAGCGUCCCAUGUACAGUCGCUCUCGCUCCACAGAGCGGCCGCCCGACGGGCCCCACAUGAGAUCCUCGAUGCCCUCGCUGCCGUCAGGACACUCCGCUCCACCCUCCCCUGCCUUAUCGAGGGCGAAUCCUCGUGGUGGAUCGGUUCAGACCAGCCCCACUGGGACCCCUGUGAACAGCAGGAGAGGACGACAGCUACCACAGCUGCCUCCGAAAGGGACGCUGGAAAGAAAAGAUGGAGAUGAAGAACUUGAGCCUUGUCCAGACACGGACUCCCCCAGUCAGACAAACUCAGGUGCCAUGGACGUCGAGGAACGAACGCGGCAGAUGAAACUGAAGAUGAACAAGUAUAAACAGGGAACAGGCUCGGACUCCCGACUGGAACAGGACUAUAACAAGCGUUCAGGCAGAGAUCCUCAGCGGGGAGAAAACCUCUCGGCCAAGUCUUCGGACAGUGAUGUCAGCGACGUGUCCGCUGUGUCGAGAACCAGCAGUGCAUCUCGAUUCAGCAGCAUGAGCUACAUCUCUGUCCAAUCAGAACGGCCGCGGGGCAGCCGGAAGAUCAGCAAGGGGCGGAGUCUCUCCAGGGAGGGGGAGGGGUUACAGGAGGAACAGGAGGAGGGAGGGUUAGAGGAGGACAGAGUGAGGAAGAGAGGAGGGGGGAGGGCAGGAAAGCUGAGGAGACAGACAAGUAGCGUAGACAAAGAGGAAGCAGAGCGGGAGGAGUCUGAAGAGGGCGUGGCCCAGAGGACGGUCUCAGAGACGGACCUCAGUGAAUUUACGUCCAAAAUGAAAAACAGGCAAAUGGAACCGGCGGCCGGGGGCAACAUGACCAAGAGCACCAGCAUCGGCGGGGACAUGUGCAGUCUGGAGAAGACCGACGGCAGCCAGUCAGACACGGCCGUGAGCCUGGUGGGAACCGAUGUCAAGAAACGGCGCUCCAGCAUCGGUGCCAAGAUGGCGGCAGUCGUGGGGUUGAGUCGAAAGAGUCGCAGCGCCUCGCAGCUCAGCCAGACAGAAGCAGGAGGAAAGAAGCUGCGCAGCACUAUCCAGAGGAGCACAGAGACGGGUCUGGCCGUAGAGAUGCGAAGCCGAAUGACCCGACAGGCCAGCCGCGAAUCCACUGACGGCAGCAUGAACAGCUACAGCUCUGAGGGAAACCUCAUAUUCCCUGGAGUGAGACUCUCUUCUGACAGUCAGUUCAGUGACUUCCUGGAUGGACUUGGCCCCGCCCAGCUUGUGGGCAGACAGACGUUAGCCACGCCCCCUAUGGGUGACAUUCAGAUUGGGAUGGUGGAAAAGAAAGGAGCCCUAGAGGUAGAGGUCAUCCGAGCCAGAGGCCUUGUGGGAAAAUCAAGCUCUAAGGCACUGCCAGCCCCUUAUGUAAAGGUGUAUCUACUGGAGAAUGGAGCCUGCAUAGCCAAAAAGAAAACAAAAGUAGCACGAAAAACACUGGACCCUCUUUACCAGCAGCAGCUGCCGUUUGAGGAGAGCCCAGGAGGAAAGGUUUUACAGAUCAUUGUGUGGGGAGACUAUGGACGAAUGGACCACAAAUCCUUCAUGGGAGCCGCUCAGAUACUUUUAGAUGAUCUGGACUUGUCCAACAUGGUUAUUGGCUGGUUCAAACUGUUUCCUCCCUCUUCAUUGGUCGACCCAACCUUGGCCCCGUUGACCAGAAGAGCUUCCCAGUCAUCUCUCGACAGCGGGUCCGGGCCGUUCGGUCGCUCGUAGCAGUUUUCUGAAAUAUAGCGUUACUGUAGCAGCCAAUGGGUGGAGUUUGAGAAUUGCGACAGGUCCUUCCCCCCGGUAACACUGCAUGCUUGAUGUUGUGUGUUCAGAGCUUGUUUCUUAGGGGUGAAAAAAGCGGUCCUGUUUUUGCUCGCAAAAAAAAUGCCGCACACACCGUGCGCAAAGAGCACCCCCUAGAGGGUAGGGACGAGACGAAGCUGGAAAUGGGCUCCUGAGCUCAUGGAACGUCACAAUUCUUGAUUUUAGAACCUAUUUGAAGCCAUUGGAGUUGAGCCUGAACUGAGAAGCGAAAUGUUGAG